CGGGGAAAUCCCACGGCUCACAUCCUCUCUGCUGACUUGUAGUUGGUGACGUAGCAGGAAAACAAAGAUGGCUGGCAUAGGAAGCAGCAACUACUGGGAGGAUCUGAGAAAGCAGGCCAGGCAGUUGGAGAAUGAACUUGAUCUGAAACUGGUCUCCUUUAGUAAACUGUGCACCAGCUACAGCAGCUCCAGGGAUGGACGUCGAGGAGACACUUUGGACACCACACCACUACUAAAUAACUCCACCCAGGACAGGAUGUUUGACACCAUGUCAGUUGAGAUUGAACAGCUGCUGGCAAAACUAACAGGAGUAAAUGACAAGAUGGCAGAGUACACAAACACCCCAGGAACAGCUUCUCUCAAUGCUGCACUAAUGCACACCCUCCAGAGACACAGAGAUAUUCUACAGGAUUACACACACGAAUUCCACAAAACCAAAGGCAACUUUCUGGCCAUCCGGGAAAGGGAAGACCUUUUAGGAUCUGUGAGGAAAGACAUUGAGACAUAUAAAACUGGUUCAGGAGUCAACAACAGAAGAACAGAGCUGUUUCUAAAGGAGCACGAGCAUCUCAGAAACUCAGACCGACUGAUGGAUGACACAAUAAGCAUUGCAAUGUCUACCAAGGAGAACAUGACCUCGCAGAGGGGCAUGCUGAAAUCCAUACACAGCAGGGUGAACACUCUGGCCAAUCGUUUUCCAACUAUCAACAAUCUCAUCCAGCGAAUCAAUCUGCGAAAGAGGAGAGACUCGCUCAUCCUCGGCACUGUGGUCGGCGUCUGCACCAUUCUCCUCCUGCUCUAUGCUUUCCACUAACACCCCUGGUCAGAUGAAUUCUAUCAAGGCAGGAUUGUUCUGCUCAUUGUAGCCUAUGAACCCUCACCUCCUCCCCAGAUGCCGUGCUCAGUGAUUGGAAGACCCCUGAGGUUCCAGAGCAGAGAGACAUUUAGUUGGUCCUGUUCUAGGACAGGAACCAAUUUGGCCAACAAGUUCCCACUGAGCCUGCGUUUAACAGUGAGACAGAUUUAGGGCUGGUGGUCAGUUCUUUUUCCUUCUACUCACAAGGAAAGGGAAACCAAAAGUACAAGUUAGACCAGUUUUGUUUUUUGUGGACAUGCUUUGUGCUUUUUUACAAAAGCAGAGAGUAAAGCUGUCUUGUUUUAGGAGGUCAGAGGAUUUCUUUCUUUCUGGUUAUUUUUAAUGAUUUUCUUUUGGGGGGGGGGGGGGGAGACAUAAUUCAUUGUAAACUGUAAAAUGUGAAAUUAAUAAAUUAUUCAUAUCAGUAUGUGUUUUAAAAUAUGUGGAAUAUUCGUUGCACAUUUUACACAAAAUUUGCAUUUUUUUAAGGUAUGCAGUUUCUGGUAAGGUUUUACUACCAGGACACUGGAGUAGUGCCACAAGCAUAUUUAAUGUUUUUCUUUACGUUCACACAAGUGUUUCCGGGCAUUUCAGGCAUUGAUCUUUUAUGGCGAUUACAGUGCCUCAAUAACAUUCAUACUAUGCAAACGUUGUCACCUUAUUGUCAUGUUAUCACCACAAACCUCAGCAUGAUAGUGUUUCAUGGACCAGCACAGUGUUGUGCAUAACUGUGAAGUACAAGGAGAGGAUGCAUGAUUUUCAAGCUAGCUUUGGCUUUGUACAAAAAAACCAAAGCUAGAAAAGAGUGAAUUGCACUUGUGUGUGUAUGUGCGUGUAUAUAUGUAUGUAUAUAUAUAUAUAUAUAUAUAUAUAUAUAUAUAUAUAUAAAAAUGUAGGUAAAGGUACGCUAAUUAGUGACAUCACACCUAAUUGGGAACAAUAAUAAAAUGAACAAAUGUACCAGGUUUUUGGAAUGUAGCUUAUUUAUUGAUGCUAGUGUUGCUAAAUCGGGCAUUUGAUUUGAAUUACUACAUGAUUUGUUUGUGCAAUUUAUUCUAGACUGUUGUCGAAGCAUUUCAAAUGCAAUUUAAGGGUUUAAAUCACACCACUAGAUGGCACCAAAGUCAUUUCAACGCUGUCCUUGGUAUGCGUCAAACAUGCAUGAAAAGGCAGCUUGGUUGCAUUUAGAUCACAAGCAAUUUAAGGCAUUUUUUUCAAUCAUAGUCUUAAAGGGGUUAAAGACCCACACUUUAAUGUUAUGACGAAUUACAAAAUUACAAAAGCUUCAUAAAAUAUUAAACAUGCUGGAUGAUUUAAGUUUUGUUAAAUUACCUUUCUGAGACCAAUAAUAAUAACUCCUUUAUUCAGUUUUAAAGUUAGUGGCUAUGGCUUAUGCUGAAACAUGUAACGUUAAUGUGUUUGGAUGCAGAUGUUAUACAGCUGGCACAUUUUAGUUUUUUUCUUCAUAAACAGCGGUAAUGAGUUAAGUUUGAUCUAAAUUGCUGAUUUGCCUGCUACUUAUUGCCUCUGCCCUAAAAGUAUUGUCGUAUUGUUUCUGGUUAUGUUGUUUUUGUCUUUAGUAAAAGCAACCCUCUAUGUC